AUGUCUGCGAGCACAAUUGCUCGGUGGGACGCAAUUGCUCUGACCAGUUCAGAACGUUCACAGGGCCCUUCCAAUUUGAAGCGCCCACGGGAUGUCGAUGACACCGACGACGACGAUAUUUCCAUUGUGUCUCGUACCCCUUCCCCUUCUCCGGAUGCAAUGGAUGUAGACCAAGGUAUGUCCCAUUAUGACGAAUAUCUUCGCGCUCCAACUCGCGAAGUUAUCACCGUCGAAACGAAAAUCAAACCAACCAACAAGGGUUUUGCCCUGUUGGCGAAGCUGGGAUGGUCGGAAGGUCAACCGCUUGGAGUCUCGGGAGAUGGUCGAGUAGACCCAAUACCUUUCCAAAUGAAGUCUGAUUCCACGGGAAUCGGCAAAGCCAGUCAAGACGUUCGAAUGAUUGAGAGCACCGUUUCGCAACGACGUGAAAUGGAUUCGGAACGUCAACAAAAAGAGACGGAGGAACAACGUCAGGCUAGAGAGGAUGCCGUCGCACGCAAAUCAGCAUUAGCCUCCGAAAUUUCUGACUCCCUGAAGGCAUUUUACUGUGCACUAUGCGACAAGCAAUUCAAGAAUGUCGCUCAGUAUGACGAACACACAAAUUCUUACGCGCACCACCACAAAGCGCGUUUCAAGGAUAUGCAAGCAAGCGUGCGCUUGAAGCCUCAGGGAGAGAUCGACAAAAGGAAGGAGAAGGAAAGGAGGAGGGAGGAAAAAGAGCUCAGGAAGAUUGCUGCUGCGAGUGGGAUCAAGGUGGCAAAGCAAUCGUCCAAUCCAGUUCUAACGACGAUGUCGUCGUCUUAUAUCAGCCUUAGUAAUUCCACCUCGACAACCGAAAACUUGAGUGGUGGUGGUGGUGGUGGUGGUGGAUGGGCUCCCGUGUCUACUGCACCCUCAGGAUUCAAGAAGUCUGGAUGGGCUGCAGUCGGGUCUUCGAACAGUCCAAGUACGACAACCGUACCUCUCUCCCCCUCCGAACCUCCUCCACUCCCACCUCCUUCACAGCCGCCAAUGACUACUCAGUCCGGGUUUCGCACCGCGGGUUGGACAUCUUUGGAUACAUCUCAGGGCACGAAUAUGAAUCAGCCAACCCUAGAACCUUCCUCGAAACCCUCUCUUUCGGCGCCGUCCCCGUCCCUGGAUACCCCAUACCCUUCACCUUCAAAGUCUCAAUCGAACCGGAAUGGCUGGCAGCGAUUUCAACUAAACAAUGGCAGUCGACGAUAG